AUGAUCAGGCCCACUGCACUCCUCCUAUAUCCUUUCAAUGCUCCCAUCACGACGCCGCCCUUGGCCCGGUCAUCGAGGAGCUUAGGCCCAAGGAUGCUCAGUGUUGCCCUGGACCCGGCCCCCAAGGAUGGCCCAGCUUCUCGAAUUUGA